AUCUCUUCCUCUCUCUUACUCCUCCUCUCUUCUAGCCUUUGGGCCCAGCGUUGCGUAGCACGCCCUUCUCUCUCUUGUCAAUUUAUUAUCUUUUCAUCUCACAUUCGCAUUUUUUGCUAUAAUGUCUGCUCCUGAGGUCACCCCCGCCGUUCCCGCCCCCGCUGAGGAAGUCAAGGUCGUCGAGACCCCUGCCGUUGACCCUGCCCCAGAGGCUCCUGCUGCUGAGGAGCCCGCUCCCGUUACUGAAGCACCAAAGGAGGAAGUUAAGGCCGAGGAGGCCGCCCCCACCACCGAGGCCGCUCCUGAGGCUCCUGCAGAGUCUGCCAAGGAAGAAGUAAAGACUGAGGUUAAGAAGGAGGAGCGCCCCAAGAGUCCCGGCCUCCUUGCCAAGCUUCUCGCCCCCUUCAAGGAAGGCAAGACCAAGGUGGAGAAGAAAGUAAAGGCUCCCAAGAGUCCCAAGAAAGAAAAGAAAAAGGAAGAAUUGAAGGAGGAGGCCGCUCCCCCUGCUGAAGAGCCUGCCAAGGAGGAAGCGCCUCCCGCUGAAGCAAAUGUUGAGGAGGCCCCUGCUGUUGCCGAGCCUUCUGUUCCUCAGGAGCCCGCAGCUGAGCCUGUCAAAGAAACUGAAACCGCCGCCGUUGAGGCUCCCGCUGCAGAGCCUGCACCUGAGCCCACCCCGGAGGUUGCACCCGAGGCCCCUAAGGAGGACAAGGAGGAGAAAAAGGAGAAGGAAAACAAGGCUGCUAAGGUUGGGCGCCGCCUCUCUGCGCGCGUGGGUGACCUUUUCAGAUCCAAGCCGAAGACCGAGCUCGCGACUCCUGCGAAGGUGGAUGAGCAUCCCCCCGUGAUUGAUGAACCUGCUCCAGUUGCUCCUCUCGAGAACCCUGCCAGUUCAGAGGCUGCACAGGCUGCUGCACCUCCCGCCGAGGAGCCCGUCCCUGCUGAGCCUGCACUCGCCGCCACCCCCGUCAUCUCGGCUGUCGCAUAAGCGGUUACUCCGAGGUUGUUGGUAAUAUCAUGAACGACACGAGCGCAUAUUCAUCUGCUCCUUUAUUCCAUUGGUAUGUUGAGCAGUCUUUCUCGCUGCACUUUUGGUCAUUAUCAGGAUCCCUUCGUUAGCUCCCCAUUCAUGUCUUUUACCCUCUUCUGCUACCAUACUUGUUGGAUUUGGUCUUUGCUUUCUUUUCACGACCCUACUCAUCAUGACUAUAUUCCGAUCUGUUUUCACUACCUAAUGUCGAUCUUGAUCAUUGAUACCCUUACUUUGCUAUGGUCGGAUCAGUUAACCAUGUCAUUAAAGUUUUAUCCUGUAAUGAUGUUGGAGGGUUGUAUGAACAUCAAGAAACCCCUUGAGCUUAAGCACCAUUUUGGCGA